UUCACAUAAAUAAACGAUAAAUAAAUCGUAUUAUAUCAAUUUCGUUUCAUCAGCCUUAAAAAACUGUUAGAUUUCAUUUCGCUGCAUAAGAGAAAAAAGACCAGAAACGAGGAGUCACGUGAAACUGGGUCAGGUCAUGUGAUCAUGUGAGCUGAAAAUGGCCGCUACGGGGGAGGAGGCCGCGGCGAUGGACAGCAUCAGUAAAGCACCCGUUCCCCCGACCGAGCUCAAGCUCACAGCCGAACCGGAGCUCAAGAGGGACGCGACCACAAACGAUGCGACAGAGAACCAAAAAGCCAAAAGACCCAGUAAUAACAAUGACGGAGGAGUGGAGACAGCAGAGGAGGCCACUGAACCUGCUGAACCUGACAUCAAUGAGCUCUGCAGGGACAUGUUUGACAAAAUGGCAGUUUUCUUACAAGGAGAGCUCACUGCAACCUGUGAGGACUACAAACUCCUGGAAAACAUGAACAAACUCACCAGCCUGAAGUACAUGGAGAUGAAGGACAUAUCCAUCAACAUCAGCCGCAAUCUGCAAGAUCUCAAUCAGAAAUAUGCCAGUUUGCAGCCUUACCUGGAUCAGAUUAACCAGAUCGAGGAGCAGGUUACGGCUCUGGAACAGGCUGCUUAUAAACUUGACACAUAUUCAAAGAAACUGGAGGCCAAGUUUAAGAAACUGGAGAAGCGGUGAAAGCCACCAGGAACUCCUUCAAAGUAGUCAUCUUCAAAAUCUGGAAGUCUGGAUUGUGUUUGUUUUAUGCACUAAACAAUCUUCAGAAUGAUCACAUCACAUACACUAUGGCAGCGUCAUAGUCUCUAGGUUAUGGGUUGCGCAGCAAGUAGCCUUAGGUACAUAACAUUGAAUGCUCAUUGAUGACAGCAGUGGACAGGAGUACAAAAUACACCUUUAAGAUUCACAAAGCAUGAAUACAGAUAAACCUGUACAGUGUAUAUUUAAAACAGCUUGCUACAAUAUAUGUUGUUAAAGAUGAUUUAACCAUUAUUUCUGUUAAAUAGUGACUUUUUUUGUAUGUUUGUGUUUAAAAAAAAAAAAAAGCAGAUGUUUUGUUAAAUGCUUGUAUUACUUUUUAAUUAUUUUCAAAAUCUUAACUAACUUAAAUGUAAUUUGUGAAUUUUUGAAAUAAAAAAAUGAAAAACA